AUGGCCAUUGGCACGGCGCGUCCCAGCACCGCGGCCCUUUUGCGGGGCUUCUCCUCGGCGGCGGUGACCGACCCCGAGCCGACGGGCGCCUCGCCCGGGGCCUCGAGCUCGGAGUGCCUGCUGCCGGCGCACAUGUUCGCCGAGGUGGCGCCCUUGCUGCGGAGCAGCUUCGGCGUGGAGGCCGACCCGGCUACCUGCAACAUCACGCCGACCAUCUUCGAGCGCAUCAGCCGUGGCUUGCAUCUGCUGGAGCCGCCGGCCGGCAGCCCCGGCCCGGGGUACAGCACGCACCCGCUGGCCCUCAUCCGGUCGAUCAUCCAGCGGGCCCUGCUGGAGGCGAUCGCCCGGUCGUCCGAUGGGAAGGACAACUUCGCCGUCUUUGACAACCUCCCGCCAUUUGUCCGGCCGGAGGCCAACUUCGACCACCUGCUGGUGGCCCCCGGGCACCCGAGCCGGUCCUUCACCGAUUCGUACUAUGCCAGCACCGAGUGCAUGCUGCGCACGCACUCCUCCGCGCACCAGAGCGAGCUCCUGCGCCAAGGCCACCGUAAUUUCCUCGUCGCGGCCGAUGUCUACCGCCGCGAUGAGGUGGACGCCUCACACUACCCGGUUUUCCACCAAAUGGAGGGCAUGCGUCUGCUGGACCUGGACCCGGCGGCCGGGCAAACGGUCGAUCGGGCGCUCCUGCCCCAGGGCGAGGGUGGCCCCGAUGCGGUGGGCCGGCAGCCGGCCCUCAGCCAGGAGGCCAGUGACCGGGUGGAGGCGGACCUGCGGGCGCAUGUGACCGCCGUGCUGGAGGGGCUCUUCCCCCCCGGGACACCCAUUCGCUGGGUGGAUGCCUACUUCCCCUUCACCCGGCCUUCCUUCGAGGUGGAGGUCUUCUUCCAGGGCGAGUGGCUGGAGGUGCUGGGCUGCGGGGUGACGCAGCAGGCCAUCAUCGAUGAGCACUACCGGCCGGCGGGGGGUGCGUCGCCCGACGCGCCGAGCGGCACGGUGGCCGGCUGGGCCUUUGGUCUGGGCCUCGAGCGCUUGGCCAUGGUUCGCUUUGGGAUCCCGGACAUUCGGCUGUUCUGGUCGCGCGACCCGCGCUUCCUGACGCAGUUCGAUGCGUGCGAUCCCGCCCAGCCGAGCACCCUGGACAAGGUGAAGUUCGCCCCCUUCAGCAAGUACCCCCUGUGCUACAAGGAUGUGGCCUUCUGGCGGGCGGACAGCCUGCAUGAUAAUGACUUCUUCGAUGUGGUCCGCUCGGUGGGCGGCGAUCUUGUGGACUCCGGACCGCUGCGGGCCACCAAGGCCAAAGCGGCUGUUGGCCAAGCCACAGCGCGCAGCCCGUCGGCAUCCCCCCGAAUGGGGGUUCUUGGCGCCGGCGGCGGCGCCACUCGGCGGCCCACCUCACUGGGCAGCCCUGCCCGGGUCGGCAAUUCCCGGAGUUCCCCCACGGCCGAUCCCCACGAGCGGGUGGCCCGUGCGCUGGAAUGUCGUGGCGAUCGGUCCGAAAUCAAGGCCCGCCUCCAUCAGCACCUCUUGUCGUCCGGGUGGAUUGAGGCCCUCUGGCAGCGCGCCGAGGAAACCAUGGAGACCAGCUUCCAGCAGUACCUGGCCGAGGGUGGCAGCCCUGGCGGGCCGGAUGCCCGGGCGCCGGACGCCCGUGGGCAGAUCUCCGCCAGCCGCCUCAUCUCGGCUAUCCUCGGGCCGAGCCGCGAAUCCGUUCCUAUCCCGGUCCUCCGGGCGAUGCUCAUCAUGAUUCGCGACCGGAUAGUGGCCCUGGAGCAAUCGCUCCUGGCCGAGCCCGAGUCAGCCCUGCCCGCGACAUCGGCGGCCGGCUCUGUGGCUGGAUCGGCUGCUGCUGCGGCGGGACCGGCGCCGGCCGCGGCCGCGGCCGCCGCCGUGACGGCACCAGGUGCCGCCCCACGAGCAAAGCCCUCCUCGGCCGGAAGCCCGUUGCUCCCGCUGAAAACCGCACCUGGGCGCUCCGGGAAACACUCCGGCUCGGGCGGUCGGUGA